GCCAUCAUCGAUUUCUAAGACUCGCCUUCCUCCUCCUCCUCCUCCUCCUCCUCUUCUUUAUUCGAGGCGAAGAGACGGAAAGAAUGGAAGCAAGACAAUGCCUCAGAACCCUGGAACAGAUCAACGGCUGCGGCGGAGGGAAGAGGCGGCGGAGGCAGGGCGGCGACGAGCCCCGCCGCCGGAAGCGGAGGAUGCUCGUGGCUCCUGCCGUGGAGGUCGAUCACUUCGAUUCUCUUCCCGAUGAUAUCAUCGUGACCGUGCUUUCCAAGCUUAGCUCCUCUGCCAACCGCCCGCAAGACCUUUUCAGUGCCUUUUUGACGUGCAAGCGAUUUCAUGCUCUGGGAAGCCAUUCCCUGGUGUUGUCGAAGGCCAAUGCAAGGUGCCUCGCCGUCAAAGUGAAAGCUUGGUCGGAGGCGGCUCAUGGAUUCCUCAAACGAUGCGUGGAUUGUGGAAAUAUUGAAGCUUGCUUUAUCUUAGGGAUGAUCAGAUUUUACGCCCUGGGAAACAGAGGAGGCGGCGCGUCGUUGAUGGCGAAGGCAGCGAUUCGAUCGCAUCCGUGGUCGCUGUACUCUCUGGCGAUCAUUCAGUUCAACGGCAGCGGCGGCUCCAAGAACGCCAAGGACCUCCGCGCCGGCGUCGCGCUGAGCGCCCGCGCGGCCUUCUUUGGCCACGUCGACGCUCUCCGCGAGCUCGGCCACUGUCUCCAAGACGGUUACGGCGUCCGCCGGAACGUUAACGAGGGGCGCCGCUUCCUUCUCCAAGCCAACACUCGCGAGCUGGUGUCAGCCAUCGCAUCGUUGCCAGCGUGGAAGAAUGGGCCGCAGCGCCGGUCGACGACUGAGGGAAUCUCCGAGGCGGCUGCGGCCGCCGCCGCCGGAGGAAGCCCCCUCCUCAGCGACUUCGGCUGGAACUUGCCCCCACCAGAGCCGCACCCAUCCAACCGAUUCCUCGUCGACUGGUUCCAGUCCUCCCCCACGCGGCUUCCGGAGGACCUGCGCCUCUGCUCGCAGCGCAACUGCGGGAGGCCGGAGACCCGCCGCCACGAGUUCCGGCGGUGCUCGGUCUGCGGCAUCGUCAGCUACUGCUCCAGGGCCUGCCAGGCUCUCGAUUGGCGGCUAUCGCACAAGGCCGAGUGCGUGCCGCCUGCCAUCUUCGUACCCGACGUCGCCGCCGGCACCGAUUGAGAGAAGAAGCACAGAUCUCUCACUGCAUUUACUUUUUUAUUUUUCUUUAUUAUUAUUGUUAUUAUUAUUAUUAUUUUUUAACUUGAGUUCUCUUCAAUUUCC